GGGAGGGGGACGCUUUGUGGCGCGGACCGCGAGCGGAGGCUGCGAGCGCCGCCGCCGGAGAAGACCGACGCUCGGCCAGAGGCAGCCCUCGGCGCCCGGGCCUGGCCGGCUGCUUCCCGCCUCUACUACUGCCCCUGUCCCGGCUGCUGUAAACACCGUCCAGGAGGGUGCGGCGGAACGUGAGGUCCUUAGGCCUUGCCCGGUCCGGCGCGGCCCGGAUCCGUGGCACGGGAGGACCCCUGCAGUGGACCAUGAGUUGGUAAUGCACACUGAGUACCACUGGGAGCCAUGUCAGACGAAUCCGCCUCAGGGAGCGAUCCAGACCUGGACCCGGACGUGGAGCUGGAUGAUGAGGAAGAGGAGGAGGAGGAGGAGGAGGUGGCAGUGGAGGAGCAUGACAGGGAUGAUGAGGAAGACCUGCUGGAUGACCAAUCCCUGGAAGGCAUGUGUGGCACUGAACACGACCACCUGGGGGAAGAUGGACAGCGGCCGCCGCGAUGCACUUCAACUACCUCAUCUCAGUCUGAGCCUUCAGAGCAGCUUAAGCGCCCCCAAGGCAAGAUCCUAGCCUCUGAGGACCCCAAAAAGAAGAGAGCUCAGAAACCCUCUCACAUGAGAAGAAACAUACGAAAGCUACUGCGGGAGGAUCAAUUGGAGCCUGUUACCAAAGCAGCACAGCAGGAAGAGUUGGAAAGAAGGAAGCGCCUGGAGCAGCAGAGGAAAGAUUAUGCAGCCCCCAUUCCUACUGUUCCUCUAGAGUUCCUCCCUGAGGAAAUUGUCUUAAGAGCAAGUGAUGGUCCUCAACUGCCUCCUCGGGUCUUGGCCCAGGAAGUCAUUUGUUUGGACAGUAGCAGUGGCAGUGAGGAUGAAAAAAGCAGUCGAGAUGAGGUGAUUGAACUGAGCUCUGGAGAGGAGGACACUCUUCACAUUGUGGACAGCAGUGAGUCUGUCAGCGAGGAGGACGAGGAAGAGGAGAAGGGUGGCACCCAUGUGAAUGAUGCCUUAAACCAGCAUGAUGCUCUUGGGCGGGUUCUUGUCAACCUGAACCACCCUCCAGAGGAGGAAAAUGUCUUCCUCGCCCCACAGUUGGCACGGGCUGUGAAACCUCAUCAGAUUGGCGGGAUCCGGUUCCUGUAUGAUAACCUCGUGGAGUCACUGGAGAGGUUUAAGACCAGUAGUGGCUUUGGCUGUAUCCUGGCCCACAGCAUGGGUCUAGGGAAAACUCUGCAAGUGAUCUCCUUCAUUGAUGUCCUCUUCCGCCAUACGCCAGCCAAAACAGUCCUUGCCAUUGUUCCGGUUAAUACUCUUCAGAACUGGUUGGCAGAGUUCAACAUGUGGCUUCCUGCUCCUGAAUCCCUUCCAGCUGACAACAAGCCUGAAGAAAUCCAGCCUCGGUUCUUUAAAGUUCACAUCUUGAAUGAUGAGCACAAGACGAUGGCAUCUCGUGCUAAAGUGAUGGCUGAUUGGGUGUCAGAGGGUGGGGUGCUGCUGAUGGGGUACGAAAUGUACAGACUCCUCACUCUGAAGAAAUCCUUUGCCACAGGUAGACCGAAGAAAACCAAGAAACGUUCUCACCCGGUCAUCAUUGAUCUGGAUGAGGAAGAUCGACAGCAGGAGUUUCGGAGAGAGUUUGAGAAGGCUUUAUGCCGCCCUGGUCCUGAUGUGGUGAUCUGUGAUGAGGGACACCGCAUCAAAAACUGCCAGGCCAGCACCUCACAGGCUCUGAAGAACAUACGCUCUCGCCGCAGGGUGGUGCUGACUGGGUACCCCCUGCAGAACAACCUCAUCGAGUACUGGUGCAUGGUGGACUUUGUACGCCCUGAUUUCCUUGGCACUCGACAGGAGUUCAGCAACAUGUUUGAACGCCCUAUUCUGAAUGGGCAGUGUAUCGAUAGCACGCCUCAGGACGUCCGCCUCAUGCGGUACCGGAGCCAUGUCCUGCACAGCCUCCUGGAGGGCUUUGUGCAGAGGAGAGGCCACACUGUGCUGAAGAUUCAUCUCCCUGCCAAGGAAGAGAAUGUGAUCCUGGUGCGGCUAUCUAAGAUCCAGCGAGAUUUGUAUACACAGUUCAUGGACCGCUUCCGAGACUGUGGUAGCAGUGGCUGGCUGGGGCUGAACCCUCUCAAGGCUUUCUGCGUGUGCUGUAAGAUCUGGAAUCACCCUGAUGUGCUGUAUGAAGCUCUUCAGAAGGAGAACCUGGCCAAUGAGCAGGACCUAGACGUAGAAGAACUUGGCUCAGCAGGGACCAGUGCCCGCUGCCCACCACAGGGAACAAAAGGCAAGGGAGAGGAUACAACCUUGGCUUCCUCAAUGGGAGAGGCAACCAAUAGCAAGUUCCUACAGGGGGUUGGCUUCAACCCAUUCCAGGAGCGAGGCAACAACAUUGUCACAUAUGAAUGGGCCAAGGACCUUCUGACUAAUUACCAGACUGGAGUCUUGGAAAACUCUCCCAAGAUGGUACUACUAUUCCACCUGAUUGAGGAAAGUGUUAAGCUAGGGGACAAGAUCCUUGUGUUCAGCCAGAGCCUUUCCACCUUGGCUCUCAUUGAAGAGUUCCUGGGAAAACGAGAAGUGCCCUGUCUGCCUGGUGCUGAAGGGCAGGGAGCACAGAAGUGGGUUCGAAAUGUCAGCUACUUCCGGCUAGAUGGUAGCACCCCUGCCUUUGAGAGGGAGCGACUCAUUAAUCAGUUCAAUGAUCCCAGCAACCUCACCACCUGGCUGUUCCUUCUUUCCACAAGGGCCGGAUGCUUGGGUGUGAAUCUAAUUGGCGCCAAUCGAGUGGUGGUGUUUGAUGCUUCCUGGAACCCUUGCCAUGAUGCCCAAGCAGUAUGUCGGGUAUACCGUUAUGGCCAGAAAAAGCCCUGUCACAUCUAUCGUUUGGUGGCUGAUUAUACGCUUGAAAAGAAGAUCUAUGAUCGUCAGAUUUCCAAGCAGGGCAUGUCAGAUCGGGUGGUAGAUGAUCUAAAUCCAAUGCUGAACUUUACCCGGAAAGAGGUGGAAAACCUACUGCACUUUGUUGAGAAGGAGCCAGCUCCCCAAGCAUCCUUGAAUGUAAAAGGUAUCAAGGAGUCAGUUCUACAGCUUGCUUGUUUGAAGUACCCUCACCUCAUCACCAAGGAGCCUUUCGAGCAUGAGUCAUUGCUCCUCAACCGAAAGGAUCACAAACUGACCAAGGCUGAGAAAAAAGCAGCAAAGAAAAGUUAUGAGGAAGACAAACGCACGUCAGUUCCCUACACCCGCCCAUCAUAUGCACAAUAUUACCCUGCCAGUGACCAGAGCCUGACCAGCAUCCCUGCCUUCAGUCAGAGGAACUGGCAGCCAACACUGAAGGGUGAUGAAAAGCCUGUGGCCAGUGUUCGUCCUGUACAGUCCACCCCCAUCCCUAUGAUGCCACGGCAUGUCCCACUGGGAGGCACUGUAAGCUCUGCUUCCAGCACAAAUCCAUCCAUGAACUUCCCGAUUAACUACUUGCAGAGGGCGGGAGUCCUCGUGCAGAAGGUGGUCACCACAACAGAUAUUGUUAUUCCUGGACUCAACAGCUCUACAGAUGUUCAGGCUAGAAUUAAUGCUGGUGAGAGCAUCCACAUCAUCCGUGGGACAAAAGGGACGUACAUCCGCACCAGUGAUGGACGGAUCUUUGCUGUCCGGGCAACUGGCAAACCAAAGGCCCCUGAAGAUGGUCGGAUGGCUGCCUCAGGUUCCCAGGGACCUUCUUGUGAGUCCACAAGCAACGGCAGACACAGUGCCUCAUCACCCAAAGCCCCUGACCCUGAGGGGCUGGCCAGGCCCGUCUCUCCUGACAGUCCGGAGAUCAUCAGUGAGCUCCAGCAGUAUGCAGAUGUGGCUGCUGCUCGAGAAUCCCGUCAGAGCUCCCCAAGCACCAAUGCCUCCCUGCCUGGCCCCCCGGCCCAACUCGUGGACAGCAGUGCUGUUCCUGGGACAGCUCUUGGAACUGAGUCACGGCUUGGGAGUCAUUGCCUCAAUAGUUCCCUUUUGGUGACUGGCCAGCCUUGUGGUGGCAGGCACCCAGUGCUAGACUUAAGGGGCCACAAGCGAAAGUUGGCCACUCCACCUGCCGCCCAGGAGUCAGCCCGCCGGCGGUCCAGGAAGGGCCAUCUGCCAGCCCCCGUGCAGCCGUAUGAACACGGGUAUCCAGUCUCCGGCGGGUUUGCCAUGCCACCCGUCUCCUUAAAUCAUAACCUCACCGCCCCCUUCACCUCCCAGGCUGGGGACAACUCCCUGUUUAUGGGCAGUACCCCCUCCUACUACCAGCUGUCCAAUUUGCUGGCAGAUGCCCGCCUGGUAUUUCCAGUGACUACUGACCCUCUGGUGCCAGCAGGCCCCGUCAGUUCCUCUUCCACGGCUACCUCAGUCACUGCCAGCAACCCCUCCUUCAUGCUCAACCCUUCUGUGCCAGGGAUACUACCCAGCUAUUCACUCCCAUUUUCACAGCCACUCCUGUCCGAGCCGAGGAUGUUUGCGCCUUUUCCCUCCCCUGUCUUACCCAGUAACCUUUCACGGGGCAUGUCUGUCUACCCUGGCUACAUGUCCCCACAUGCAGGCUACCCAGCUGGUGGCCUCCUCCGGUCCCAGGUGCCUCCAUUUGACUCACAUGAGAUUGCUGAGGUGGGGUUCAGUUCCAAUGAUGAUGAGGAUAAGGACGAUGAUGUAAUAGAGGUCACUGGGAAAUAGCUGGGGAGGCUUUCCCCACCUCACUUGGGGUUCCCAGCAGGUUGCUCACAAAGCUGAAAGGCAGUGAUCUGGGCUUUUUGAGAAUAGGGUUCUUGGCAGGAGGGUAAAGGAAGAAGACAAAGAAGAGUGGUUAGCCAUAGGGGCAGGGCUCUGUUGCUAUUUUUAAAAAGAGG